AGUUUGGAAAUAAAUCGGACUUUUGUCAAGUUUUCCCCGAAAUGAAAUUUUAUGGAAAAACUUAUGCUGUCCCUGCUGGACACCUUCGCCGCGCCAGGACAAUUUUCAGUGCAACACCAGGGCCUUCACAACCAUAUGAACAUUUCAUCGGAUUCAGACAGUGACGAUAACGCCCAGGACAUGCCACACUUUCUUCAGGCCCAUUCAGCGAAUUUGUUGCCAGGUAACGGUGUUCACUUCACAGAGCCAAUAAGUACUCCUAUCAUUAAUCAAAUCCCCAAAUCAACCCGUAAAGACAUUUGGACUAACCGUUUCGUUGAUUUCGCAUCUCUUUUGCCUUCCACCACUUCUCCAGCCACUCCUCAAUAUACUUUACAGUUAGACAACAACUCCAACAUCUCCUUCCAACCGACCUCACGCUCACGAAAAAUAACUUCUAUUGACACUUGGACAACUGCUUUCAUCCGUUUCACUGCCAUUUACACGGCUAAAUUUCCAUUUGAAACUGCCCAGCUUAUGAAGUAUGCUGAAAUCGUGCGUGACAUCGCAUCCCGACGCCCAGGUCUGGCUUUCUUGAAUUAUGAUUCUCAGUUUCGAAUGCUUCGACAAUCUGUCCUCCUUCCGUGGGAUCGACUCCACACGGAGUUCUGGUUAAUGGCCUGCACUUCCUUUCAACAGCCUACCCCAGUCCUUUCGAGCCCCCCGAACUACAACAAGCAUUCUCAAUGUCGCAACUCCGACUGCAACUUCCCCCACAUCUGCGGUUUCUGUAAAGGCCAGCAUACAGCGUUCAACUGCAAAUUCUCCAGCAAAGACGAGGCCGACAAAGCUCUGAAUUUACGCAUUAACCCCAUUGGUUUGGUUCCUAAAAAAGCCGCAGGUCAAUUCAGGAUGAUUCAUCACCUUAGCUACCCGAAGGGCAGUUCUGUCAACGACUUUAUUGACGAGGAUUUGUCUACGGUCAACUACAGUUCCUUCGAUGAUGCUGUCGCACACCUACUAGAACUCGGCCAAGAUCGAGAAAUUCCACAGGCUGGCUCCACACAUGGACAAGCACCCCACCACAGUUCCAGGUCACUUGCUCCAUUGAACCAAGCGGUGUACACCCUUCUUGAAUCUUCCCUGGCACCUUCCACAAAAUCCAGCUAUCAGAAUGCUCUUAAGCACUACCACGUCUUCCACCAUACAUUUUAUGCACAGACACCGUUACUUCCGGUUUCCGCUGAACGCCUUGCUCAAUUCAUUGCUCGUUAUGACAGUUUAACGCCUCGACCUGACAGUUUACGGCUGGAGUCUGACAGUUUACGACUGCAGUCCUUCCAUUACAUGUCUUAUGUAGAUAAUUAUCUGACAGUUUAA